GGUAAAUCAGUGUUUUUUGCAACAACAAGAUCGGUUAACAUGUUCUACAGCUCUCAUAAACUUCAAGGAGGUUGUUUCCGCUAAAGAUUAGCUGAAUGCUAACAGUUAACGGACUGUUACUUGCUUUUCCAUUUAUUUAAAAUCAAAUUUAAGCUAAAAUGUGUGGCGGUUGUGUGCAUAAAGAGUACCCGGACCGGGGCAACACUUGUCUGGAAAACGGAUCCUACCUGAUGAACUACCUGGGCUGUGCAAACUGCCACCAGAAGGACUUCGUGUUGAUAAACAAUAAAGCCAUAAACGAUGAAGAUGGGGAGGAAAUCGUCACUUAUGACCAUGUCUGCAAAAAUUGUGACCACGUCAUCGCCAGACACGAGUACACCUUCUCUGUUGUCGACGAAUAUCAGGAGUACACUAUGCUCUGCAUGCUGUGUGGAAAGGCAGAGGACUCCAUCAGUGUGCUACCAGAUGACCCCAGGCAGUCUGCACCUCUUUUCUAAACCCUGUAAGAAACCAAAACCGCAGUUUUAAGACUGUCAGCAUGGACAUGAUGCUGGCUGCACAUUCAGGACUCCAAACACAGUCACUCUAUGUUGUUACACCAUUGUUGAUGCUAGAAGUUUAUCACAUUAUGAAUUACCACAGCAUAUUUUGUGGUUAGCUUUUGCAGUAGAGCAGGAAUUACAGUACUGUAUAACGUCUUUUAAUACUAACUUUAAUGAUGAAAAAAACAACCAGAUAUUUUAAUUG